GCACGUUUGGAAAUCCGGCUCAGAUCACCACGGAUAGAGGAACUGCUUUUACGUCCCAGGAGUGCGAGAGUUAUUGCAACGAAGAAGGAAUCAAGCAUUCGCUGAUUACCACAGGUCUUCCUAGAGCCAACGGGCAAAUAGUGCGAAUUAACAGGACAAUUAUAUCUAUUUUGACGAAACUAUCGACACAAGAUCCCACUAAAUGGUAUCUUCAUGUGUAACGAGGCAUUUAUUGCUCUCGUUAUAAUUCGUUUUCUGAUUGUUGCUGCCAUCUAUUUUCGUUUGGGAUUAUUAGAGAUUUUGCGUUGGUUCGUGUGCUUGGCCCCGAGGCCUUCCGGUUCCUCCCGAUUUUCUGUUACAGGUGUCGCAGUCCAUAGGAGUGACGAAGAGGAGUGAGGCCAUGAUUACCGUGAGAGUGAGAGAGUCGCGAAUAGGGAGAAGCCGCCGGUGCCUUUCGUACGAGCAGUUGUAAUUUGUCGACCGUUUCGAUUAAGUGCUUUCUCCUUUACCAUUUUGAUUUGCUUUUUGUUAAGUUAAUUCUUUAAUUACCAAAUUCGAGUUUAUUGAAUAAAGAUCUAUCGAGUUAAUUGCUUGGUGUUUAGUUAUUUGUGCUGUGUCAAUUAUCUGUCGAUUCUUCCCGAUCAUCGUUGUUAAGUCCAGUUUGAUUUUCUCCAAGUCGUUUCUGUCUCACCGUCAAGCAUCAGUCGGUUGGCCGUCGCGGAAUUUCCCCUUGGAUUUCUCAUUUGUAUAUUUAUGUGUUUAUUGCUUUUUGUCUUGUGCAGAAGAUGCAUUAAAUUAGUUUAAUUUAAAUAAUCUGUCACAAACUUGGCGCCCAACGUAGGGCAAAGCGUUGGCUGCGAGACAGAGACGAAUUGUUUAAUGAUUGGUCCAUGUCAUCCACUACUAAAGGAAAAUCCGUCAGCCGCUCGGUCAUUCGAAGGAUUAAACUUGUGGGCCCUGUGCAGGAAAUGUGGAUGUCUGUUGUUACUCCAAGACGGAACAUGGGUAACCUUAACACCACUGAGAGAGCGAUGUCUUUGGAGAAAAUGGUCUCUCGUGUUGAGGCUGAUCACAGGAACGGACCAACUUUACGCGACCAAUUGGAGGCCUCUGGUUCGAAUGUCGUUCGACCUGAUGAGCCCUCAGUGAAGGCAAAGCCCCUGGAGGAGUGCGAACUACUGGAGGAUGUGUCCGAUUCGUCGUCAGAUGGUUCGGAGAUUCUGGCCACUAGUUCAAGAGGCCGUGGAAUUACUUUUGGUCCGGUUGAACGCGGCCGAGUGAGACCAAGUGGUAAUAAGGUUGGGCCCGUUUUAGAAAAAAGAUCGGCCUUAGUUCGUUGCAAGGGUGAAAGUGUUGAGGAGUGGGAAAGUCGUUGUGCUGUGGCUGAAUUGGAUGAGACCGUGCAUGAAGCACCACGUCUUGAGGUCGUCACGAUGGAGGUCGGGGUUGAGCCACCUGACCGUGAGUUACCUUCGGGUUUGGUCCGGUCUGGUGUGCCAGCGGCUGUUGUCGUGGCCCGGCCCACCGAUGGAUUGGCUUUGGAUGCUUUGCCUGUCCUUCCCCAAUUACUGCCGGACGAUUUUUCCGGGGACUGACUCAUAUAAGGACGGAUCCUGAAGUUGACCC